AUGCGAGAAACAAUCCCUCUCUCGCAAACGAUUCCAUCUAUGCAUUCACCCAUGCAGGAAUUAAUGUCUUCCUUACCGCAAGCUACAUCGAUGCAACAAAUGGUGUCGGCUAUGCAAACGAUGCAACCAAUGCAGCAGGUUCAGUUUUUACAUGUCCAUGAGGCCCAUCGUGUGCUGGGGUUGGUUGGGGAUCAUCGAUAUCCGGAUCCGACCGCGAUUGCGAGGGCGAGUCUGGCACAGAUGAAUGAGAUGUCGAGGAAGGCUGGGGCGUCUGCUGAAAUGACGAGUAGUGGUACAGGUUCGGGAAAUGGAUCGAGACCGGAGGGGACGGAUAUGACGAGUGGUGAUACUCCUUUUCUGAUCCGUCCGGAUACAUCCUGGGACGGGACAGUCCAAACGGUUCAUGAAGGAUUACAGGUGUUCACAUUGGGACAUGUGCUUCCGAGGAGUGCACUUGACGAUGCGAAUGGGAAUUGGACGUAUGGUGGGGAUAUACCUGGUACGCCAAAUAUGAAUGGGGGUGGGAAUGGAGGCGGGAAUGGAUGUGCUGAUGAAGACGGUGUAGGUGGAAUUGGGGAGUGUGAAGGGGAGGGGUUCGAGAAAGAGGAAAGUCCAGGUACUGAAGAAGUCGUGCGACCUACACCCACGAACCCCGGCGUCCGAGAAUCUUCAUCAGCGACUUCCGGAGCCGCGACGCCUUCGUCUGGUGGAGGACAGAAACUGCGAGUCGGGGGGUCAACGUUCGUCCCAGGAUGGGCAGUCCCGCCAUACGUACUUCUUGUCGACGACGAUGCGGUGAGCAGGAGACUGAUCAGGCAUGAACGAUGUGUUACCGAAACCGUUCACCAAGGAAGGGUUGUUGGACAUAUUGGAGGUGAGAUCCUUUUCUGUACCACGUUUUCUAUUUGUGUUGCGUGUGACGUGGCAGGAUGGGGCUUACGAAGUUAUGGUCUUGUACAGAAGCAUCUCAUGCAUCUCAAGGUCAUCCAGGAGAUGUCGAGGGUACCGAGAAUACCAUGUGCUCCGCGCCUCUCGACAGAUAAUUUGUUAACGGAUGCGCUCGUACCCGCCUCGGCGACCCCUCCUGCUACUACUACAUCGACGUCUUCCGCGUCCUCCUCAGGGACGACUAUGGCUUAUUCUGGAGGGGACGGCGGUGGAAUUGGACCGCCAUCAGCAUCCGCGAACGCGGAGGAUGUAGAUGGCAAUGGAAAUGGUCCGUUGUUCAUGGGUGGGGUUGGAACUGACAUGCGGAUUGAUCCGCUUGCUGGGAUGGGGCUGACUGAGGAACGAUAUCAAGCGAUCCUCAAAGACCUCGUGAACGGUGAUAAUUUGGGUGUGCCGGAGGGGUUUAGCUUUGAUAUGAUGGAAGACGAAGGCAUUGUCGAUGUGGGUGUGGGCCUUAGUGAAGGGAUGAGUGGUGGUAUGGGUAUGGGGGAGAAGAGGGGUUUGGAAGAGGAGCAGGAUGGAAUAAGGGAGGUGAAGAGGGGACGGUUUGAAGUACUGGAUUGAGGCUGACGGUGAUCUGCUCCCCUCCUAUCUCUUCCUGCCCCAAGUGAUCCUAGCCUCGCCCGCCUUUCAACCCGACUCAACCGCCCGUGUCGUGGCAUUCCUCCCAAUGUCUAUGGCGAUGCCACUGCCCGCUACUUAUGGUCAUGUUCCUGGUAUUUUCUCACUGGCUCGGCAUCCUUUCCACUGCAUCAAGCGCUCCGCAUCUCCUGCUGAUCGUCGCGGUUGCAACUAGCCCCGCGA